UUCUGUUACAUACAUACAAACAUUCUUUUGUUUAAACUUGUUGUAACUAAAGAGAAAUGAGGACCUGGGCUCUCCUUUUUUUGUUGCUUCUUUUCUUGUUUGAUGAUCAUGGGAUAAAUCUUCCUCAGGUUUCAGCAAGCAAUGAGUUCAUCAAAAGCAGAGGAGGGCACUUCAUGUUGAAUGGUGAUUUUUAUUAUGCAAAUGGUUUCAAUGCUUAUUGGCUCAUGGAUGUGGCUUCUGAUUUAUCUCAGAGAAAUAAGGUGUCCUCUGUUUUUCGAGAAGCGGUGUCGAAUGGCCUCACGCUUGCCAGAACCUGGGCUUUUAGUGAUGGUGGAUAUCAGGCUUUGCAGGUUUCUCCAGGGGUUUAUGAUGAGCGAGUGUUUCAGGGUUUGGAUUUUGUGAUACAUGAAGCUAAAAGACACGGGAUUAAGCUGAUAUUGAGCCUAGUGAAUAAUUACGAAGAUUAUGGAGGGAAAAAUCAGUAUGUAAAGUGGGCAAGAGAUCAGGGACAGAACAUAACGUCGGAUGAUGAUUUCUUUUCGAAUCCUUUGGUGAAGGGAUUCUACAAGAAACACGUAAACACUAUUCUUACAAGGCGGAACAGCUUCACAGGAGUUCCGUAUAAGGAUGAUAACACAAUAAUGGCGUGGGAGCUCAUAAACGAGCCUAGAUGCACUUCAGACCCAUCCGGAAGGACUCUACAGGCUUGGAUCAAAGAGAUGGCCUCUUAUGUAAAGUCUGUAGACAAAAAGCAUUUAUUGGAAGUUGGUUUGGAAGGAUUUUACGGACAGUCCGCACCCGAGGACAAGCAAUUCAAUUUGAACUUUAAAACAGGAACAGAUUUUGUAGCAAAUAAUCAAAUCCCAGGCAUCGAUUUUGCAACAAUUCACAUGUAUCCUGAUCAAUGGUUACCAGGUUCUGAUGAAAAAACCCAACAAACAUUUUCGGAGAAAUGGAUUGGCAAGCACAUUCAAGACGCAGAGACAAUUCUCCAAAAGCCGCUCUUAGUCACUGAGUUCGGAUGGGAAAGAUCUGGUUUUGAUAGAAAAACGAGAGAGCGUCUAUUUGAUACAGUUUUUUCAGACAUUUACUUGUCAGCAAGGCGUGGAGGUGCUGCUGCAGGUGGCAUGUUUUGGCAACUACUCACAGAAGGAUUGGACUCCUAUCGUGAUGGUUAUGAAAUAGUGUUUAGUGAAAGCCCUUCUAUCGCGUCUUUGAUUUCUGAUCAGUCGAAACAAUUGGUUCAGAUCAGAGAAAAGUAUAGCAGGCAGAGGCAUAUGAAGAAGGGAGGCCAAACAAGGGACAAAGUUGAGAUCAGACAAGUAUAUUCCAGGCAGAGGCAUAUAAGAAAGAUAAUGAAACUAUGAACAAUAAACUCGGAAAUUGUUAGUGUAGACUGAGUGUAACGUAAUUUUUACUUAGAUUGUAAAUAGAAAAUCUUUAGUUUUGUAGAAGAAAAACAAUCAAGAAUUUAAGUGAGAGCCAAAGCUGGCUAACUGCUAACAACAUGGUGUCGACCCAAGGUUUGAACGAGAAUGACACUGAAUUCUAUCAAGGAAAAGAGAAAAACUUGCAUCUU